CUGAUCUGAUAAGAAUAGAUUGGCUUUUGUUUUAUAAAAGGCUGGAAUCCCGGUAAUUUGCUGAGCCGAAGACAUUGAACAAAUAAAAACAUAAAUUCCCAGUGAAAAUGCAAUCCCCAUGCGAAUACGAGUUUUCCCGGGGUAAUGGAACGGGUGUUGCUGAGGCGAUAGGAAACUGGGGAUUUUCCAACUGCAAUCCGGGCGGUAAUGAGGGAGGAAUUGACCGAGCGAAAUGUCUUCUCCAAGAGAUGCAGAAAUUGAAAACGCAGAGACAACCGUUGAGAGUAAAGUACAACCCUCUGGAUGAUCCUGGUGCUUGGCACGUGUGCCCUAGUCCUCACGAGUGCAAACCCUCCUGGAAUUUUGUGGAUAAACGGCCUCUCAUUACUUUCAACUCCGUCGCUGAGACAAUCCCUGUUUCAAGUUAUUUAUCCGUAAAACAAGAUGUGAAAAAUUCAAUUCCUGGACGCAAGUACCUCUGGGAGAAAACGUUCACGCCGAAAUGGUACCGAGUGCAUGGCAACGGCUGCUGCUUCUUGAAUAGCUGUUAUCCUGCCUGUUGAUAAUACCGGAAGUCUCAUUGAUGUAAAAAUAAAAAAUUAAA